AUGGCAUGCGUGCUCCUCCUCAGUCGAGUUCUGCCGUCCUCACACAGGCUCCUAAGGACAUCUGUGUGGUCAUUAUCCAUCCUCCUUACAUAUUUGUGUUACUGUGCACUCUUUUCUUCAGAUACCAUCAUGCAAAAGUCAGGUGAUCCAACGCCCAGCUGUCGGCGCGUCCUGGCUGAUGGAGGCAAAAGGCAUCUGCAAAAAUCUCUCUCUUGCGUUUUGCCUUUGGAGGCAAAGCAGAACAGCGCCCAUGCGUCUCGGCUUAAGAGCGACCAAAGACCCGCGUCACGUUUUACCGCUGCUCGGAAUGACACGCCGAGUCCUCCCGUGGGUUAUAUAAAGUUUGGGAAUAAAAAGUUACCCAAUGCCAUCAUAGUUGGUGUGAAGAAAGGUGGAACAAGAGCUGUUCUGGAGUUUAUAAGAAUUCACCCGGACGUGCGCGCAGUUGGCACCGAAACGCACUUUUUCGACAGGAACUAUGACCGAGGUCUCGACUGGUACAGAGGUUUAAUGCCGAGGACUCUUGAAAGCCAGAUCACCAUGGAGAAGACACCAAGCUACUUUGUGACAAAAGAAACACCACACCGGAUCUCUGCCAUGUCCCGAGACACCAAGCUCAUCGUUGUAGUUCGUGACCCCGUCACCCGUGCAAUAUCAGAUUACACACAGACCUUAUCCAAAACACCUGACCUGCCCAGUUUCCAAGAGUUGGCCUUCAGAAACCAGAGUCUGGGCCUGGUGGACACGUCCUGGAAUGCUAUUCGGAUCGGCCUGUAUGCUCUGCACCUCGAGAACUGGCUGCGCUACUUCCCCCUGGCUCAAAUCCACUUUGUCAGCGGAGAGCGUCUUAUUACGGAUCCAGCAGGCGAGCUGGCACGGGUGCAGGACUUCCUUGGGUUAAAGCGCAUUGUGACAGACAAACACUUCUACUUCAAUCGGACCAAGGGAUUCCCUUGCCUCAAGAAGCCAGAGAGCAGCAGCUCACCCCGCUGUCUGGGCAAGUCCAAGGGUAGAACUCAUGUGCAGAUAGAUAGGGAUGCUAUUGAGCAAUUGCGAGACUUCUAUAGACCUUACAAUGUCAAAUUUUAUGAAAUGGUGGGUCAUGAUUUCAGAUGGGAGUGAGGAGGCUUGAGGAGCAUUAAUGGAUGUUGCAUGAAAGACUUGUGUCUUCCAUGAACCUCAUCUUUCAAAAGUGGUUUGCUUGUAGCGAACAAUAUUUGUUGUGAGACUUAGCAGGAUAGGUCGGUUAUGGCAAUCUACCGACAGUUUUGAAGUGUAAAAGCAAAGACAGGAUUAUUUUUUGGAAUGACACUAAUGAACAGAGUGAAAUCUGAGAUGACAUUGCUUUUUGAAAGUGUAUUUGAAUUUGUCAGUUGCCAGGCAACAUCAGUAUCCUCUAUGUUGUUAGAUAUACUUAUCAUUUCAGCUUUGGGAUCUUGUGAUUCCUGUUCCUGCUGUGUUCCAUGCUGACUCGCCUCCCUAUUUGCUGACCGGUGUAUAAAUGCAAGGAAAUUCAAGGAAAUGGGAUUACUUCCUUUUAAAACCUGCUUCACUAAUCAAUGUAGGGUUUGAAAGGAAGAUUUUGGAAAAUGUCAGUGAUGUCUUCAGGGAGGGCAGUCUUAAGCUUCGGCACUGUGGUGGUAUAUCUGGAAUGUGAAGCCAUAAUGAAAAUCUAAAGCACCUUCAGCUCAAGAAAAAAUACUUCAGUUUCAUCCAUUUCUGUACUGCGCAUCAGAUUUUUUUCAUUCCACUCGCAGCAUGAAUAAGAUAAGUUGUAAGGUGUAACAUUCAGUAUUUCACGCCCUACUUUGUGGUUACAUUGAUUUAUGCAAAAUCCAUGUUACAAAUGUCACAAAAGUAAUUCCUCACUGCCCUAGCCUAAAUGCUUUUCAAC